AUGACUAUUUCUUGUAUUCAAUCUCUUUGUAAAGCCCCCACCUUUCGUCUCCCUUCAACUUUUCUGGGUUCCUCUUAUUUCUUGCAGAGUCCCGAAGCAAACCCAUUUUCAAGAAACAGAGACUCCAAGUAUUACGUAGACAGAAGGAUUGGCAAUAAAAAAACAAGAGGUGGGAUUGUCUGUGGGGUGCUUUUCCCAAUUGAUCCAUGGGCACCCAGCAUUGAUUCACAGAGCAUAGCUUCACAGCUCUUUGCAGCUUCAUUGUUUCCCUACCUUGGUUUCUUGUACUUCAUCACCAAAUCCAAGUCUGCCCCAAAGCUCACCCUUUUUGGGUUCUACUUCUUGCUAGCUUUUGUGGGGGCCACCAUCCCUGCUGGAAUUUAUGCAAAGGUGAAAUAUGGCACUUCAUUGGCGAAUGUUGAUUGGUUACAUGGUGGGGCUGAGGCACUUCUCACUCUAACCAACAUAUUCAUUGUGUUGGGCUUGAGAGGAGCCCUCAGAAAAGCUGAAGAUGCAAAAGCAAGAACAUCAACUCCUAUUUCAGGGUUGAAGGAGGAGAAGAAAACUUCUGUUUAG